GUUUUGUUUGUCAGCAGUUAGGCGGUGUUGGAUAAACGUGUGGUUUUAAGCAAGCCUGAGGGCCAGGAGGCAGCUCUGGGAGGAGCCCUUUCUGUGGGCAGCCAGAACCUUCUGGUCAUAGAGGCAAAGCUGAGCCGUUACCUGGACUUAUGACCCGUGGCCUCGCUCCACUCCUGCCCAUCGAGUUCCACAAGAUGGGCUCCUUCCGCAGGCCCAGACCACGCUUCAUGAGUUCCCCAGUGCUCAGUGAUCUGCCCAGGUUCCAAGCCACCCGGCAGGCUCUGCAGCUGAGCUCCAACUCUGCCUGGAACAGUGUCCAGACGGCUGUGAUCAAUGUUUUCAAAGGGGGCGGAUUACAAAGCAAUGAGCUCUAUGCACUGAAUGAAAAUAUCAGGAGGCUGCUCAAGAGUGAACUCGGGUCGUUCAUUACAGACUAUUUCCAGAACCAGCUUCUUGCAAAGGGACUGUUCUUUGUGGAGGAGAAGAUCAAGCUGUGUGAAGGUGAAAGUCGCGUUGAGGUUUUGGCUGAAGUCUGGGACCACUUCUUCACUGAGACCCUCCCCACCCUGCAGGCAAUAUUCUAUCCAGUUCAGGGACAGGAGCUGACCAUCCGCCAGAUCUCUCUGCUGGGCUUCCGAGACCUGGUCCUGCUGAAGGUGAAGUUGGGCGACCUGCUGCUACUGGCACAGCCCAAGCUGCCCUCAUCCAUUGUCCAGAUGCUGCUUGUCCUGCAGAGUGUUCAUGAGCCCACAGGCCCAAGCGAGGGCUAUCUGCAGCUGGAGGAGCUGGUGAAGCAAGUGGUUUCUCCCUUCCUUGGCAUCAGCGGGGACCGUGGCUGCUCAGGCCCCACGUACACGCUUGCUAGGCGGCAUUCCAGGGUCCGGUCCAAGGUGACUCUCCCGAACUAUGCCUCCCCGAUGACCACAGUCAGCCGACCACUGAAUGAGAUGGCCUUGACCCCACUGACGGAGCAGGAGGGGGAAGCCUACCUGGAGAAGUGUGGCAGUGUCCGGCGGCACACAGUGGCCAACGCCCACUCAGACAUCCAGCUGCUGGCCAUGACUACCAUGAUGCACUCAGGCUUGGGGGAGGAGGCUGGCAGUGAGGACAAGUGCCUGCUUCUGCCACCCAGCUUUCCAUCACCCCACCGGCAGUGCUCCAGUGAGCCCAGCAUCUCUGACAGCCCUGACGAACUGGAACAGGUGGCAAGUGGCAGCCAAGAGGACUCGGAGUUGAACUGUGCUUCCCUCAGCUGAGCCACCCCCCUCCAGGA